AGGAGCCUAUGUCUGCCCAAGUCCCUCUUGUCCUGGUCCUUUUUGCUUGUCCAGAGACGGUCUCCCUAUUACCCUUUGGUCGAGAGGGAAAGCAGAAGGAAAUCUGCAGGUCACAGCGGGGCACCUCGCGGAGAGGACGACUAGGAGCACACGACCCGGAGAGGUCCAGAGUAACUGCUUGAAGAAGAGUCCCAGCAUGGAAAAACCAUGCCAAGAAAACGAAGAACAGCCGCAGAGCGCGCCGAAGACCGACGAAGAGCGGCCUCCGGCGGAGCACUCUCCCGAAAAGCAGUCCCCAGAGGAGCAGUCUUCGGAAGAUCAGUCCUCAGAGGAGGAGUUCUUUCCAGAGGAGCUCCUGCCCGAGCUCCUGCCCGAGAUGCUGCUUUCGGAGCAGCGCCCUCCGCAGGAGCAACUUUCCAGAAAGGACCUGUUCGAGGAGCGCCCUCCCAUGGAGCAGCCUCCGUGCGGAGUAGGAAAACAUAAGCUAGAAGAAGGCAGCUUUAAAGAAAGGCUGGCUCGUUCUCGCCCGCAAUUUAGAGGGGACAUACAUGGCAGAAAUUUAAGCAAUGAGGAGAUGAUACAGGCAGCAGAUGAGCUGGAAGAGAUGAAAAGAGUAAGAAACAAACUGAUGAUAAUGCACUGGAAGGCAAAACGGAGCCGUCCUUAUCCUAUUUAAUGUGUUCGGCCUUUAAUUCUGUUUUGCCUGCAAAUAGUAUUGCCACCUGAACCUCGUUUGCAUUUUCUUAUAUGCCUUUUCCCAGCUUCCUAUUUUUUACCUUUUGUGUGGCUUUAUUUUAGGUUUUUAGCAUGUAACUGGCAUAAAAUUGGAGAGGGGUUCCCCCUAAGAUCUUCAAGUCUCCCCUUUUCAAUCAUGAGUCCUACCCAUUUGCAUGAAAAGAUGUACAUUAUAUAGUUAUUGUGAGGCUGAAAAAGCGAUUUUCAAAUGGCAUCUAUACUAUCCCUUUUUUGUUUUAAAAAAAGUUACAUAUAGGGCCUAGUGUGAUGGCUCACAACUUUAAUUCUAGCACUUUGGAAGGCUGAGGCAGGAGGAUCGCUUGAACCGAGGAGUUUGAGACCAGCUUAGGCACACA